GCCGUCGUGCAGAGGAGGAGCAAGGAGGCCGACCCCUCUCUCUCUCUCUCUCUCUCUCUUGCUAUGGAGGGGAAACAGGGGAGGAGGACAGUGAAGAGGGUGCGUCUGUCAGUUGGAGAUGUGGCAGCAUGUCAAGACAUCGUCAUACCCGAGCAUUGGAGUUCCGCCGCGGAGGCGGUGGCGUCGCACCAGGGCAAUCCUCCCAUCGUCGUCGUCUGUGGUCCUAAGAAUUCCGGCAAGUCUACCUUCGCUAGAUUCCUAGUCAACACCUUGCUUACCAGUAGGCAUAAGAUGGUUGGUUAUUUGGAUACUGAUGUCGGCCAGCCUGAAUAUACUCCUCCAGGCUGCCUUUCACUCCACAUAAUCGACAGACCAAAUCACGAUUUGGCUACUCCACGUUUGAGGAAUCCCGAAAGCAGAUGCUUCUUUUAUGGAGACAUUUCCUCAAAAAGUGAUCCAAGGGCUUACAUAGCUUGUGUUACUGAUCUGUAUGACGACUUCUAUGAGAAGCACCAUAGAGGUUCAUCUGGAAUUUGUGGAGAAGCAUGUUCUCCACUUGUGGUUAAUACACCUGGAUGGGUGAAAGGUGUUGGCUAUCAUAUUCUGGUGGAUACACUGACACAUAUGGCACCAACACAUGUUAUUCAGCUGCGCACAUCUGAACCUGAUAAGAAUCUGCCAACUGGUGCUUUCUGGCUGCGUGGUGAUCAAGAGGCAAUGGUUGAUCUUAUUAAUGUCGAUGCAGCAAAACAAGAUGUCUUAAGUAGAUCUGUUAUAGUACAGAAGCAUGCCCGUCUCUUGAGAGAACUCCGAACUGUUGCAUAUUUUAGGCAGUGCUUGCCAAGUGAGCAGAACAUUGAUAAAUAUAAGGAACUUGCUUAUGCUUUAGCUGCUCAUCCUCCUUACGAAAUCUCAAUCUCCAAAGUCAAGGUUGUGCACCUCCAUUGUCAGGUUCCUGACAGUGAACUAUUUUAUAGCUUGAAUGCAACUAUUGUUGGGCUUGCAAGUAGUUCUGCAGGGAAGACAUAUAUGGGCACUUCAUUACCUUUAUGUGUGGGCCUUGGCAUUGUCAGAGGAAUAGACACUGAAAAGGGUGUAUAUUAUGUACUUACACCUGUUCCAGCGAGUCUUUUGCUGAAAGUGGAUUUGUUUUUACAAGGUCAUGUUGAAAUUCCCACGAAUCUCUUGCAGGUGCGUGGUUGUUUGUCGCCUUAUAUGUCCACCAACUUUAUCUCUGUGACAAAGAACUUUAGAGAGGGCUCACACACGGCAUGAUGGGACACUACUUUCAAGCUCUGAUGGUGGGAGAAAAUCAUGUUGGAAAUGUUUCUUUGCAUAAGUGACUUUCUGAUUGCCAAUGGCCAUGGAUGACACUCUUGUUGUUGGAGAUGAGCAUUUCAGAAGCCUUUCGUAAGAGUUCAUCUGCUAAUGCACCAGUUAUGAAGAAGCAUCGGUUGGAUCUCUUGUUCUUCAGGCGACGACAGUUGGAAGAGUUUUAGUUGGAACUUGCAUGUACCGGGAGCUGGGAGUGAAGUAUGAAGGCCAUUUUGCUCAGGGUUUUUUUUCCCCUUUUGGUGAUACAGUAUUGGUGUAACCAAAAAGCAAUUCCCCAUUUGAGAACCACCAUGAAAUUCUGCUAUUUGUUUAGGCUUGAUACAUUAAGAUGUCUGUAAAUCAUUGAAUUUUUUUAGGUUAGGCUUGUUUUACGUAUUUCAUAUGUUCAAGGGCACGAAAUGACCUUUGCAUUGUGUUUUAACAAUGUGUUCAAUUUCUCCUGUACUAUAGAGUGGAAAAUGAGCUGACCAAAUUGAACAAGACAUACUUAGACUCAAUUCAUUAAAUUACUUGGUAGUC